AUGAUUUACCCCAAGGCCAUCUUCCGGACUGUCAUUGCGCUCUCGACGGUAGCUGCGGCCUCGCAAGCCACCGGGGUGAGUCCCCGACACUCCUCCGCUGGGGCCAAGCGCGGCAAGGGCGGACGAUACAUUGACACGACCGCCAACGCGUACGGGACCACGGGACCCGAUCUUCUGCAUGUGGGGACGCCGACCGCCUACGUCUCCGCCGGUGCCAAUGUCCAAGCUGGGGCGAACCUGCGCAAGAUCACGUCACCGAAUAACCUAGGUGUCCACUUCUCCGCUGCGAGCCCGUCGAAUGUUGCAAAGGGCGUAGGUGGAUACGUCAACAUCGCCGCCAACAACUACGGAUCGCCAAGAAGUCUUGACAACAAGGGCGGCAAGAAGAAGGAUGUCAAGGAUGGCGUUGAGGACAAAAACAAGAAGAAUGCCAGCUACGGCACCCCCGCUGUUGCUGUUCCGCCGACGAAGGGCGGGAAUUAUGGUGUGAAGAUCCCCGCUGUUCCGUCCGUCGGAGGCGUCAGUAUCGGCGGUAAGGGCGGUGUCGCGCCGUCGAGUGGCGGCUACAAGGGCGCCAAGGAUGUGAAGGGUGCCAAGGUCGACGAAGACAGAACUUACGGCCGUAACAGCCCGUUAAAUCGCGACCACAAGCGCGACAACAAGCGCGACACCAAGAAUGGCAACUAUGGGAAGGCGGGCAAAGGUGGCAAGGGCGUCGAGUUUCCUGUCUCGCCAUCGUCAGGCGGCUACACGAACGGAAAAGGUGGCAAGAACGACUAUGUGACGCCCCCACCUGCUCCAGUUUCUGCCGCUACUGGCGGCUCGAAGCAGGGAAGCAGAGGUGGAUACGCGGCUGACUCAGUUGCACCAAACAGCCCGACGAAGGGAGGUCAGGGAAGCAAGAGCGGGUCUGCUGUCGGCGGCACGAAGAGCACGAACCCGGCGCCGAGCAACCCUUCCGGCAACGGCUCGAAGGGCGGUCAGGGUGGCUCAAACACUGGAGUGACCGACCCGCUUCCAGCACCAAACAGCCCGACUAAGGGCGGCCAGGGAAGCAGGAGCGGGUCUGCUGUCGGCGGCUCAAAGAGCGCCAACCCGAUGCCGAGCAGCCCAACGGGCAAUGGCUCAAAGGGCGGUCAGGGCGGCUCAAAUACCGGUAACUCCAGUCCUGUUCCUGCCCCGUACGGCCCCGCGAAGGGAAGCAAGGGCGGAUCUGCCGUCGGCGGAUCGAAGAGCACGAACCCGACACCAAACAGCCUCACUGGUAAUGGCUCGAAGGGUGGCCAGACCGGACCUGCUCCCAGUGUGCCAACCUCAGCCCAAGGCGGCGUCAGCUCCUCGAAGGGUGGCUAUGGUGGUAACGGCAGCGGCUUGAAGGGUGGGAAGGGUGGAUCGACUGCGGGAUCGAAAGCGUCGACCACUGCGCCGGCCCCGAUGGCCCCGUCCCCGGCCAAUACCCCCGCCCCGGCGACGCAGAACAAGGCGAAGCAGAGUUCGAACAAGUCCGCCAAGCAGAGCGGCCGCAAGUAA